AUGGCUCCCAAGAAGUCUGGCCGUGUGCAGAAGAUCAAGAAGUCUGGCCCUGCUAAGAAGACCAAGAAGGUCUUGACCCCCGAGGAGAAGAAGAAGGAGCAUGCUCUUUCAGACCGAUACCAUACUCUGGCCAAGGCUGUUGAGCGUGAGGCCCAGCUCUAUGCCCUUUCUAGAAUGAAAGAGCACCAGAUCGCUAAAUACACGCAACGAUUCGAGCGCGCCCAAGAGCAGUUCAUGGAGCAGCGACUGGCCGACAAGGAUGACCUGAAGGCCUGGGUUGAGAAGAAGAAGCCCAAGGCCAAGGAUUUGGGUGCCCAAGCCCUCGACAGUAAGCCUAAAGAGCUUAUAGACAGUGAACCUAACGCUAACGGCCUAUACAAGUUAAGAAAGCCCGCGCCGAAUCUCGCGCUGCCGCGGAGUAACUUCAUAGGACCGUACUCAGAUCAGGUCUAUACAUCUGCUCGGAGUGCCUCUGGAACAGGUAGUGGUACGGUUAUAGGACAGGCAGUGGCAUCUGCAGGGCAUACGGAACACGGAACAGAUGAGAACCCCCUCGUAAAGUCAGGUUACAAGUGGAAAUACGUUCUCCAUUGCCCUGAGACUCCUAAUGAUCUCGCUACAAGUGAUAACGUGACAAACGAGGCUAUAAAGCCGCCUGAAACAUUCGUAGACCGCGGAGAAGCUAACAAGCGCCUGGAGGAGCUCACCAGCUACGAGGAACUAGGCGGCAUCGACGCCGUAGCCAGCAAGAAGGCCACCCUCGCUGGCCUCUUCAAGCUGCUGAACGUCGAGGUGACCACCAGCAGCGGCGAACGGCUUCUCUACUGGGUUGGGCGCGAGUUCGUCGACCUGCUGCGCGACCUGGAGAAAAAAGAGCGCCGCAGAAAGAUGUGGUCGCCGCCGCGGCCGGCGCUGCGUCACUACAUCGUAACGAGCGAGACGGUCACGCACGUCGCGACCGAGGAGCCGCAGCCGGGCCUGGGGCUCGAGGGCGAGCGCCCGGUCGCGGGCUGCUUCACUGGCGAGGUCCAGUUCGAGAAAAACCAGCCCCUCGCGACGUUCACGCAGCGCUCGCUCGCCAACAGCCACGCUUCCAAGCUCUUUCUACAGUGCGGCACCGUCGACGAGGAGUUUCACAACACGCUGGACUUAUGGUGGUGGGAGCACACCGUCCACCCGCUCCACCGGGCGGCUGCUGAGGCGGCGGCGCGCCCGGGUGGGCUCUACGAGGCUACGCUGGAUACGGGAGGGAUGCGCACGCGGCUGGGCUUCGACAAGCUCGCCGUCACGGUCCACGAGGUGGACGACGUGACGGGGCCGCUGAACGUGUAG